GUAAAAAAAAAAAAAAUACAAUCUUGGGUUUGUGUAAUACAAAUCAUUGAAAGAAAAAAAAAAAAUAAACAAAACGAAGGAAAAAAGAAAACUUAAUUUCUGAAUCUGAAUCACAAAAGAAAGACAGUCAUGCGUUGUUUUGCACGGCCGAGUUUGUGUUCUACUCUAACAACCGCACAUUUUAAUUAAUAAUAAUUAAUUAAAUUAUAUACUGAUGAUAAAUUUUAUUUAAAAACAAAUUAUUUAAAACUCAUGAGGAUUGUAUUUUUGAUAAAUUAGAGUAUUAUGAAAUCAAAAAAGCUAAUCUUUGCAUCGAAGACCAUUCAGAAAUCUUCCUCCAUGUCGACAUCGAAAGAGAAGACUAGUAUUGUCAUUGUCACCAUCAAAAGCAACACCACUAUAUGCAGCUGAACCCAAACCCUUGCCAAGAAAAAUAUACCUACUAUAUAAAACAAAAAAAUGUAUAAUAAUAGGAGGAACAGACUACGAGUUUAGCAGAAAAUACAUAUUUUUGGAAGUAUACAACGAAAAAAUUAAAAUUCCUUCUGCGCAAAAUAUGAUAGCGACGCUUAAUUCUGCAACAAUAUAUAAAAAGUAUAUCAAAUGUUUUAUAUAUAAGUUUACUUUAUUUUCACACAGAUUUUGCACUUACAUAAGAUCAAAGGAAAGUCAUAAUCAUGUCAUGUCAUUGAAAAUAAUAUCAUUUGAAAAUAGAUUAUGUAUUUAUUUUCGAAGUAAAGAAGAGUUAUUUGCACAUUCAAGCCAUUUCAGACAUUUUGAAAAACGCUGAAGGACAUAUUUAACAAGACAGCUUUCAUUCAACCAAUCUUAAUAAGUUCAAUGAAUAUCCUACUUUUGAAAAUGCUGUGAAAAAAGCUGAACCACAAAACAAAUUUGUUGCAAAAAUAAAACAUAAAAACCUAAAACAAAUAUAUAUAAUAACAGAAAGAAAAAUUUGGAUCUCAGUAGAAAUUACAAAGAAAUUAUAAGCAAAAUUCGUGUACAAAAAAAAGAUUUUCAACAAAACAAAAUGAGUGAAAGUAGAGAAGAGCUAACAGGCAAAACACAAGCUCAUUUUAGUGGUGGCAGUAAUUUGGCUAGCGUUGGAAAUACGCUUAAUUCAACGUCUUCCUCGAAUAGCCCCGUGCACACGCGUCACUUCAAUUCACCAUUGGCAAGAAUACGACCACAAUCUAGUUACUCUGGCUAUUCAGCGAGAGUACUAGUAUUUGAUGAUUCUGAUCAAGAAAAGCCAUCUUCAUCUCCUGUAACGAUAACGCAAAAUGUUUCAAGUACUUCUGGACUAGCAGGGUUAUCUGCAUCGUCUUCAUCACCAAGUUGCAAGAAGGGAGGUGGUGGUGCAUCUGGCCCGAAGUUGUACAUUGGUUCAAGUAUAGAUGGUGAAGUGCUGCCGUCCAAUUCCAAGGAUUUCACUUCAUCUUUGAGAAAUUUAACCAAAUCAUCAUCUAGUGGAUUAUCGGAAAGUUCGAUAUCAUUACCAGGUCGUGACUAUAGCGCACUACUACGUAAAAUUUCAUAUCAACAUCAAUAUUCUCUUCGUUCCUCGUCAAAUGAAGCUACGAACCUAACAAGAGUUCGAAAUUUAAGUUUGGGUAAAUCUGCACCGAACUUGUCAAGUUCUUACUUCAAAGAACAAUCUGUAGCAAGUUUACGAAAACAUAAUGCCGUAUCCAUACGUUCCGGAACUGGUUCCUGCAGCAGUGGAGUAGCUCACCAUCGACUUAGUUUGGUGCCUGGCGUUGGUAACACUUCACCACGAUCUCAUUCUCCGUUUUCUGCAAGUCCUAUUGAUAGCCCUCGGAUAAAUUCACCAAUGCAAUUUGCAUUUGCUCCUAUUAAAAGAAUAUCAAGUUGUCGUGGUGAUGGCCGUCGCUGGUCAGUGGCAUCUUUGCCAUCGUCUGGGUAUGGUACUACUCCUGGCAGUUCAAAUCUUUCGUCACAGUGCUCUAGCCAAGAACGUUUGCAUCAACUGCCAAACAUCCCUACCAGCGAUGAACUUCGAAUACUCACACACCAAUUUUCAAACGAUAUGAAUGCUUUACCAUCGGUAUGCUGUAAUCACCCCGAUCAUUGUCAACAUCACCAUCAUUUUCAUCAUCAUAAUACAACAUCUUUUCAUUGUCCAAAGCCACACGGAAUAAAGGUUUGUGUUAUUGGCGGUAACCAGUCAUCGAUAACGUGCACUAGCACUCCGGUGAAUUCAAGUCAUUCGCCUGGUAUUUCAAAGCAAAAUAGUAUUGCAUCGGCGGGAAGCCUCUGUUGUAGUCCACAAAAUAUGUCGAAAAACUCACCUAGUGAUUUCACAACACCUCCUAUUGGCAAUACCGGUUCCAAUAACACCAACUCUGGAUCAUUGAAGGAUGGUAGAAUAUCUCCAUUUCAUCGGCCACGUUCAAGAAGUUUAUCCAGCCCUAGUCGAUCUCCUGUUAUUGAUAACGAAAUUGCAAUGAUGAAUACACUUUAUAAAGAACGUUUUCCCAAAGCAACUCAGCAAAUGGAAGAGCGUUUAAAACACUUUAUCAAUGAGAAUAAAAGUGCGGCGUGCAACAGCUUUCGUGAUUCACAACCUAUUGUUAGGUUUGUUCAUCACCAAGUUCUAGAGAUGGCACGAGAUUGUUUGCAUAAAUCCGAAGCAAAACUUGUUACAAGUCGAUAUUUUUACGAAAUGAGCGAAAACUUAGAACGACUUUUGUUAGAAACUAAGGAAAAAUCACCUGAAGCCGCCGUUGAGUUAACAGGAGUUAUUAAGAAACUCCUUCUUAUAAUAUCACGCCCUGCAAGGCUAUUGGAAUGCCUAGAAUUCGAUCCAGAAGAAUUUUAUCAUUUAUUAGAAGCAGCGGAAGGCCAAGCUAAAGCUAUGCCGGGUAUAAAGGCAGAUAUUCCCCAAUAUAUUAUUCACAAGCUGGGAUUGAAUCGGCAUCCGAUUGCAGAACUUCAACAAGAUUUUAAAGAUUCUUUUCGAGAUUGGACACCAGAGGUUGUUUGCACUCCUCCCACUAUACCCAAUAACAACGUGCCAUUAUCCAAUACCAAAGUUACAAGCAAUCGUUCUUUACCAGAUCAAAGUGGAACAGCUACGUCAAUGGCGGGCGGCGGGUUAGUGCCCAGUUCAAAAAGUGCAGCUGUAAAUCUUAUGGUUGCGGCAUCCGCACCUCCGUCCUCGAGUCUUAAAUCAACUUUAACCAACACCGCUCCUAUUUCCGUAAAUAGUUCUGGUCAGACCCAGCAACAGCUUCAAAAAUUCACUCAACAUAUUCCGAACGAACACGACUUUGACAUUGUUAAACUUAUUUCGAAUGGAGCUUAUGGGGCUGUGUAUCUUGUCAAGCACAAACAAACACGACAACGUUUCGCUAUGAAAAAAAUUAACAAAAAUAAUCUCAUUCUAAGAAAUCAAGUGGAACAGGUAUUUGCGGAAAGAGAUAUACUCAGCUUUGCCGAUAACCCAUUUGUCGUGAGCAUGUAUUGUAGUUUUGAAACGAAAAAACAUCUUUGCUUGGUUAUGGAAUACGUCGAAGGAGGCGAUUGUGCAACAUUAUUAAAAAACAUAGGACCACUACCACCGGACAUGGCUCGGUUUUAUUUCGCUGAAACCGUACUAGCAGUUGAAUAUCUACACAGCUACGGAAUUGUUCAUCGUGAUUUAAAACCUGAUAACUUGCUUAUUACAGCAUUAGGUCAUAUUAAACUAACGGAUUUUGGUCUAUCCAAAAUGGGUUUAAUGUCAUUGGCAACUAAUUUAUACGAAGGCUAUAUUGACAGCGAGACUAGACAGUUCUCAGAUAAACAAGUUUAUGGCACUCCGGAAUAUAUUGCUCCUGAGGUAAUUCUCAGACAGGGUUACGGAAAACCAGUUGAUUGGUGGUCAAUGGGUAUAAUAUUAUAUGAGUUCAUAAUUGGAUGCGUUCCCUUUUUUGGUGAAACUCCAGAAGAACUUUUUGCACAUACUGUAAAUGAUGACAUUGAAUGGCCUGAUACAGACGAUUGGACAGUUCAACCUGAAUCGAAAGAUUUGAUUACUCAACUGCUUCAGCAGAAUCCACGUGAUCGUUUAGGUACCGGUGGCGCUCAUGAGGUAAAAGAGCAUUUGUAUUUUGAUGGCUUGGAUUGGAAUUCGUUGCUUAGGCAAAAAGCAGAGUUUGUUCCGCAGCUAUCUAACGAAGACGAUACCAGUUAUUUCGAUACUCGAAUGGAUCGCUACAAUCAUGAUUUAGGAGGAGAAGACACUGACGAUACAGAUGAUGCCCCGCUUUUUGGUUCAUUUAGUUCUUAUACGCCUCAAUAUCGUAAACAACAUUACUCUUGGAACCGUUUAGCAUCACACAACACUUCUGACGAAGGGACUAGUGGCAGUGGCAAUGGAAGUGGUUCUGCUGAAACGGGAAAUUCAAAAACACUUACAACACCAGAACUUCGAAAUAUUGAUCACUCAUCGCGUCGCUUUAAAGUUCCAUCAACACCCGAUGCUGAUUAUCUACCUGAAUUAUUAAACAAAGUAUGUGGCGAAGAUGUUCGAAUUAUGAGCCAAUAUCUGCGACAGCAGUCCUUACCAAGUUCAUCUUUUAUACAACAACAGCAGCAGCCCUGUCAAUCACAAUUGACAAACUUGAUAGAUCCACAAAAUACAUCUAGUUGUGUUGAUGGUCAAAAAAUUAAAACACAAAAUCCAUGCAUUCCAAACUCAAAUUCAACGAAAACAAAUAUACCCGUCACUGAAACCGUGAAAAUACCUAGCCGCCAUUUAGAUAAGAUGGGAUGUCCUAACAUUCCCGAGAAUCGAAAAUUGAUAGAUGCACAUCAAGUUUCUUCAGUGGCCGCACGAAGCACACCCGAAUCCUCACAGACAGAUAGUGAUGAUCUUUCGCCACAAAUAUAUCGCAAGCGAAAAACUAUUAACGCUCGCGAUAUUCUUCCAAGAUUCUCUAUUUCUAUUGAAGAUGAAGCAAGUGGAUCAUCAUCGGAAAACACACAAGAUCAGUCACCACUUGCUAGUGACAUAAGUAAUUCAGACACUUUGAACAAUAGCAAUAAACAUCGAUCCCGUUCUAUUGUUAAAUCUGCUUCUGCCUUAGGUUUGUCUUUCAUGGUGUCUAAUGAUUCACAGCUUGCUCAGCAGUUAAGUGGAGGUGUACAAUCACCGGUAGGAAGUGCUGAAGGAGGCGGUGGUAGUUCAAGUACAGCUAGCUCAAGAGACACAUCGCCAUGUCGAGAACUAUCACCUUUAGUAACUAAUUUAAAACCACCUAUAAUUAUUCGAAGAGGGCCAAGAGGAUUUGGUUUUACCGUACAUACGAUACGAGUUUUUUAUGGAGACACUGAUUUUUAUACGAUGCACCAUUUAGUAAUGGCUGUUGAUGAAGGAAGUCCAGCUUUCGAAGCUGGUCUGCGUCCAGCUGACCUAAUAACCCAUGUAAAUGGUGAAGCUGUCCAGGGCCUAUUUCAUACUCAAGUAUUACAAUUGCUUUUAAGUGGCGGUGAGCAUGUUACAGUACGUGCUACUCCGCUUGAACAUACAAGCAUACAAAGUGGAGGUAGAAAACGUGAUCUGUUACAAAGUAAAUUAGCAAAAAAGGGUGUUAAUCGUCAGAAAAAGCAAAAAAAGGAGCACGAGAAGAAGCGUAAAUCGUCUUUGUUUCGACGAAUAAGUAGUAAACGCGCUUCGGCCGAGAUUCAGCAAAUUGCCGCUGGAAUGUCCUCACCAACUAUGGUUACACAAUCUCGAUCCUUCCAGUCUUUCUGCAACAGACCAAGUGAAGCGGCUUUACCAACUCCGCCAAACAAUAGAUUAAGUUUGUCUCCUAUGGAACCACAAUGUUAUACUUCGGCAUCCAACUCAUCACAGUCUAGUUCACCUUCAUCUUCGGUCCCCAAUACUCCUGUUGUAAGUGCUGGUGGGGCUUCAGCCAAUGGCGCUGUUGUUGGUUCAUCAGUAACACCUACUGGGGCUCAGCUCUAUCAAAGACCAUCUACUCUCCACGGACUCAAGCACAAAUUACACACUAGUGCAUGUUCUGGCACAAAAAAUAUGCACUCAACUGCUGUUUCAGUUACCAACCGUCGAAAAUCCGUCGGUCAUAUUCCGCUUUCUCCAUUAGCGCGCACACCUUCACCAUCUCCACUUCCAUUAUCACCUACUCGAUCACCGUCUCCUCUUGCGUUUCCUGUUGGACAUCAGCCUGGUGCUUCAAAUACAACACAAUCAUACAGCCCUGGAGGGCUACCAGGUGCAAAUUUGAAUGCUGGACAAGUUGCAGCAACUAAAAAAGGAUUCGCCCGCACAAAGAGCUCAGAGCCUAGCUCGCCGCUUUUACGACGUGCAUUAUCUCCAGAUCGAUUGCACCCGCGUAGUGCUGAAAAUAAAUGCACUCUUAUAUCACCGCUCUGCUGCUCGCCUACCGUUAAAAGCCAAAGGUCAAUUGUCGGUGUCUGGAGAUCAACUAGUAGCUCGAAUGGUGGUGCAAGCGGAACAACAGUAAACUCAGGAUCUGUUGUCACAACUGCUGCAGCAUCAGGCUAUACUCAUCCUCAAACUUCAUCUGUACAGCAAAACAACAGUACCAUAUUAUCUACAAUAUCCCCAGCACCAUCUAAUACAACAUCUAGUGCUUCAACCACAAACUCUUUGGACAAAUAUGUUGAAAAUUUUAAUAUUUUUCACGAAACUGAUCAACAUAUCGAUUAUCAAGACCAGAAACCAACACAGAGUAACGUACUUUCUCUGACAUUUCAACCACCCGGAGAAAUGCUUCCAAGAAUUGCUGAAGAAAAGGACUCGCCAACAAACUCAACCACCGACACUGUAGUAGUUUUGCAACAACGUACUGAUGAUAUUUCAAGUAGUGAGAAGAAGAAUACAAAUUCUAAAACAACGAAAGCUAGUUCAAUUAGCAGCAGAAAUGUUGUUUCUUCCACACCAGACGGGCCAGUCGUUCAACUACCACUACCACCAACAACAACGUCUUCUUGCACAUCAUAUAAUCAAAAAUGUGCACGAAACUUAACUAACAAAAAAAGUUCAAAUGCUAAAAACAAGGAAGCACGCAAAUAAGUUUUUUGGUUUUGUUUUUGCUCAUAAAUUUAAUGUUAUUAUUAUAAAUAUACGAAAAUUAUUAGCUAAGGUUAAAAAUUGUAUUUUUUUUUUCUACAGCCAUUCUUUCUUCAAAAUAUCCAUUGUAAACUACUUAAUCAAUUUAUUCUAAUUGUAUGUAAAAAAAAAAAAAACAUUUUGAAUUUCUUCCCAUUAACAAUUAAAAAAAAACUACAAUUUUUUUGUAUCCCUAUACUGUAAUUAUGUUUCACGAAAUAAUAUUAAUACAGAACAUUUUUCGUCCAGUUGUCCAGGUAAACUUUGAAAAUUUUUUUGUCACAUUGAAAUCAUUGAAAUAAUGUGUGCACGAUAUACAAACAUUUUUUUUUUCAUAAACAAACAAAAUAAAAUAUUUCUCUUCCUAAACUAAAUAAAUACAAAUAAUAUAAAUAACUUUAAUUAAUCAAAAUUAUGUUUAGUUUUUUGUUUAAAUUUAACCAAAGAAGCAUUGAAUUAGCAAGAAGUCGCUUCUUAUAAAAAAAAAAAAACUAUUUGUGCCGAGAGUUGAUUUAACGGCCAUUUCAUUUCCAAAUGAAUGCAUUAAUAAAAAGAAGAUAUGAGAAAUGAUAGUAAAUGGCUUUGAUAAAUAGGGGAUGAAAUUGGCUAAACUGACUUGUGAUAAAAUUGGCAGUCAGAAAAAAUAAAUUUUGUUUCAUUUUCCUUUAAUUUAUUUCGAUAAGUAUCUAAUUUACAAUGACGCAUUAAGAUAAGGAUCUUUUAGAGCAUCUAUACAUAUUUAAUAAUCAAAGUUUCUUAACAUUCAUUGUGAGCUUAUAUCUGCUAACCAAAACAUUUUUGGAGACCUUGAUCCGAAAAUAUCUGCUUCCGAAUGUAAAGGAAAAAAAAAUAUUUCGAUUGUAAAUAAUUCAGCAACCAGACGUCCAAGAAACUUUUGGUUUUAGGUUAUGAAUAGAGCUUAAAGAGGCCUUUCUUUUGAUGUAUCACUCGAUGGAUUUGGAGAACUUUUUUGAAAAUACGUUUUUUCUAGGCAAGGGGUUAACCUUGAUUUUUUCUCGAAAAUCCUAAAUAAAAUUAGUUUGUAAUUUUUUUACAUAAAUGGAUAGGCCUAUUCAUUGUGAGCUUAUAUAUGUUAACCAAAACAUUUUUGGAGACCUUGAUCCGAAAAUAUCUGCUUCCGAAUGUAAGGGAAAAAAAAUAUUUCGAUUUUAAAUAAUUCAGCAACCAGACGUCCAAGAAACUUUUGGUUUUCGGUUAUGAAUAGAGCUUAAAGAGGCCUUUCUUUUGAUGUAUCACUCGAUGGAUUUAGAGAACUUUUUUGAAAAUACGUUUUUUCUAGGCAAGGGGUUAACCUUGAUUUUUUCUCGAAAAUCCUAAAAAAAUUAGUUUGUAAUUUUUUUACAUAAAUGGAUAGGCCUAUUCAUUGUGAGCUUAUAUAUGUUCACCAAAACAUUUUUGGAGACCUUGAUCCGAAAAUAUCUGCUUCCGAAUGUAAGGAAAAAAAAAAAAUAUUUCGAUUGUAAAUAAUUCAGCAACCA